AUGCUGUUUGCUCGGCCCUUUGCUCUUUCCUUUGCUCUUUCCUUUGCUCGGUCCUUUGCUCGGUCCUUUGCUGUGUCGCUUGCUACGUACAUGCUCGGUAGUUUGCAGUGUUGUUGUCAGCUGCUACCUUAUCUGCUACGCGUCUUCACCUUGCCUUCUGCUUCAUUAUGUCUGACAAUCGAUGUCCCCAAGUCCAAGUAUUAUCCAAGCAGCAUAUCUCGCGCUAUACCGCUAAGUCGUCAGCUAUCGCCCUUGGGCCAAAUCGCCAGUACCAAGCUUAAAAAGAUGAUGUCCCGUUCCAUGACUGACCGCGAGGAGGGGGAGGAGUCCACUCCUCUUACUGAAGUCACAGAGGGCAGUACACCAGGCCCAUCCGCGGACAGCAUGUCAUCUUCGUUCAAAUUGCCUGAUUCAACAACUUUGGCAAUGAGUGAAAUUUACCCGCCCCGUACCUACAGAGGCUUUGAUGAAUGUAGAAAGUCAAUCUUGGCCCUCUAUGGUCGCCUGAAAGAGAGAGAUGUUAACCAGGUCCUCUCGUAUAAGCAUGUGGGACGAAGUGUGUUUGUUGAUCUCGAAAAAAAUCGUGCCAAACUGGGGGCGGCCGUACGUUUCACUUAUUUUAAGGACAUCGAGACGCUGUUGAUUAAAAUCCCCCUGGCCCCGCACGAAACAGCUCAUCUGAGCAUAGCUGGGGACACGAGAACGAUCUUGACUAACAUGGGAGUCGAACCGGCGGAGCGUGUGCCUAUGGGUGCUACAACGUACACGACCAACCCACCCUCGGAGUCGAGCAAGGAAGGUGACUCCGCCCUCAAGAAUAAGAUUCUGAGACCUAAUGACGGUGACUGGCCCCACUGCGUGAUUGAGUGUGGUUUAUCUGAGUCGUUGCCGCACCUGCGUAUGGCGGUGGAUUGGUGGAUCGGCAACUCUGGAGGGGACGUCAACCUAGUUCUGCUUCUGAAUAUUUCACGAGCCAGAAAGACUAUUACCAUCGAAAAGUACAUCCCGUUUGCCCGACAAGGUCCUAGAACGAGAGCACAAACGGCCGGAACCGUCCACGUUCGUCGGUGCGUUUCUACAAUUGUCAUCAACAUGAAGGCCAACCCCCCCUCCGUCCACGGUCCCCCGCUUAUACUGGAGUUUGAGAAAAUCGUUGGAAGACCGGCUGUCGGGCAAGAGCAUGAUGUAGUCUUUGGCUAUGCUGCCUUGUUGACUAUAGGUGCGACUGUUUUCGGAUGA